AAAACCUUAGCUUCAUACCUAAAGCAAACCCAUAUUUUCUCUUUAUGUUCUCCCACCAUUUUGCUCCUUUCAUCCCAACACUACAUAAAAUGGAAGACCAAUGUAGCCUUCUUAGCUGGCCUUACUUCUUCCAAGAAGAGGAAAUUGAGUUGAAGCAAUCAUUGUUGUACACAACUUUGGAGUUAGAGAACACACUUCUUUGUGCCCAAGAUGAGCUUGCUAAGAAAGAUGAAGAGAUUUUGCAGCUCAAGAACCUCUUGGGGAAGUUUGUGAAGGAGAGAGAUGAGGCGGUGGCGAAAUGCCGGCGGCUUGGGGUGGAGAAACUAUUGUUGCACCGGCAGCUCCGGCGGCCGGAAAAUAUCGCCGGCGUAGAGAGUGGACCCACGACGACCAACGAGGAUCAAGAAAAUGCGCUCUCUAAUUCCGAGGAUUCCGAGGAGAAUGUCUUUCCCGUUGUUUCCCCGGGAAGGGUGUCGCCGGCUCCGGAAAACCCACCGGCGCCGCCGCAGGCGGCGGCGGCGGCUGACGUCACGGAUAAAAUAAUCCCCAAAUUGCCCUUGCCGGAGAAGGGGAAAUUCUUGCAGGCAGUGAUGGAGGCAGGGCCGUUGCUCCAAACGCUUCUCCUAGCCGGACCGCUGCCGCAGUGGCAACACCCGCCGCCUCACCUAAACUCCGUCGACAUUCCGCCGGUAACCAUCUCCGCCGCCGCCGUUAGCAAGAAGAGAGCCGGCGAGCCUUUAUCUCCCUCCGCCUCCUCCCCCAAGUACCAAAAAGUUGUGCAUCAAUCAUCAUUAGUGUGCCUAAUUACAUAAUUAAUGUUGAAAAACCAUGGUAAUGAUUACCGGCCGGCAGAGCUCUUUUUUCAUAAUUAUUAGGGUAUAAAGAUUGUACUACUUACUAGUGAUGGUUUGCCUUAGAAACUAAGCAUCCUUAAACUAAUCUUAGGAAAGACAAUUAAGGAGAAACAAAUUAAACCUUAGGGAAGGCCUAAUUAUGAAUGCCCUUUUCAAUUUGUUUCUCUUUCAAAGAAUCCCACUAAAAUGUGUGGAUUUGCCUUUUUUUUUUCCCUUUUUUCUUAAUCCCUACUUUAAUUACAAUUUGUGGGGUUAUUAGUGGUGGGGUUUGGAUAUGAUGGAGAGUUGAUGUUUUUGGUAGUGAGCAGUAGCUAUAGCUACUUGGAUGAUCUGAUCUGUUCUGAUCUUAUCCCCAUAUAUUUUUUACAUAUGUGCGGGAGACGAAGACUAAAUUUGAGAUAUUUUUCGAUCACUUAGAGUUAUAGAUUUAUAUCGUUAGUUUAGUAAUCUGGUCUCGAAGUGGUGCUUAGUUGUAAUUUCUCCGGAAUGGUGGGGAGUUUGUUUCAGUAUGUAUACAAGUAAAAUUAAGCUAGAUUAUGGUUGUUUGUCUUUUUGCUUUAAUUUCUGCAUAAAAAUAUUAUGCAGGUGUAUCUCUUGAGAUAUUAUGGUUGUAUGUAGACCUGCUAUGGUCAUGAUUGAGAGGCUGAUUUUUGUAUUUUAAUGUAACUAAAGUUUGUGCUCUUCA